CUCUCACUCUCUUUCUCUCCUCCCUCACAUCUGUGGUCUUUCGUUCUUCGGCGCGAUCACCGCAGCAUUCCGCGACAGAGAGCUCUCGCCCAACGGCCGGCUCAAUCGCGGGGAUUUGCCGCGCGGGCAGAAUCCCGCGGUUCGAGAGCCCGGCGGUCCUAUUACAGCGACGAAGACGAAGGCGACCAGUACGAGCGCGCAGCUACGUACAGGACGAGAACGCCGAGGAUCGUCCGUCGCGCGGAAGAUGCGAGCCGCGAGCGUUUUCGUUCGGCCCGACCACGAGGACGCCCACGACUGACGCGGCAGUGUUGUGGGACCUACGCGAGGGACCGGCGUGUUUGACAAGUGAUCAGUGAGCGGCGGUUCUCGGCGAUUUUCAGUUAGUGCUACGUGAGAGAGCGUGAACGCGGUCAGCGCGGAGUGGCCGGCAGCCGCAUCGUGGCCAGAGCGACGGCCAGGUAGAUCAAGAGUUGCGCAACGAGGAGCUGUAACACACGUUUCUCCGAUCGAAACUCGUCGUGUACGCGCGACUGUCAGUAUCAGGAGCCGUAAAUAUCUCCGGCGGAAUUUUCCGAUGGAGCAGUCGGCAGCCAAGAAGUUGCGACGUAGGUAGCGACAUUUCAGAAAUUUCCAGCAGGAAGCCGCACCACGCCUUGGAAAAAGCUGCGCCUGCUUCCCCGGGGACGAUAAUGCGGCACGACGGGACGCGGCGGGCAGCGGUGAAAAAAAUUCAGUGAAAUCGAAGAUCCAGGAUUAAGGACUGGCGAUUAAUGUACAUCGCUACUUGGGGUUAAUGGAGCGCGGCCAACGAAAGGGGGCUACGCGAUGACACGCCGGCAGCCGAAGACGGAGGCGCGUUGAGCCUGGAUUAGAAGGUCGCUUAAAAGCCGAGCACACUCUCCCGUCUUCAGACAAGAUCGAUCGAAUCAUCGGAGAGCGUACCUCGAGGAGGAGCAAACUUUGGCGCACGGGACUCAGUUUCGCGCGCGGCGCGCGCGCGACAGGCGAAGGGUUGAGAGAGGAAGAGGGGACGAGCUGUACCUUCAAUCACACGCCGCGCGCACUGCUCGUGAAUCCGCGCCGAGCUCCGAGAUUCGUGGUCGCACGUGCUUGCGAGUCGGGGCAAGAGGGGGCAGCAAAGUCGUGGGAAAGAAAACAGCCAGGUCGCCCUUAAUCCCGAAUGAUCAAAGACUCCUCGACCGCUGCUGCUGAGGACAGAUUUAUUCGCGUGUCGCGCGGAUAUUUGAGAGCGGCUGGCUGGCUGUCGCGGCGUGCCGAAGUUCCGCAGGCGAUGCGCUACCUCCCGGUAAAUUAAAGCGGCGUACCUCGGACAGCCCAGUCCGUUUCGGGACAAUCGAUAAUGCCGGAUCGUAAAACUCCGCGCGGAGCACGCCGCGUGUCUGAUAAAUAAUGCAAUUCCGCUAUCGGGCGGGCUUGUGUCUCGGGGUGUGAAACGGGAAACGGACUGCUGGAUCCUCACCCACGGCGCCGAGAAGAGAAAGACCGGGAGGGAGUCCAAGGAAGAGUUGUCUCGCGUGGGAGAGCCUCGCGUGAGUUACGACGCGGGCAUCGCGGUGUGUACAUGUGUGUUUAUGUGCGCGUGUGUGUAUGUGUAUGUGUAUCGACUUGAUGAAAUUGAGCCGGAGCGGUUAAGCCAGCAGCGCGGCAGUAGGAGGAGGUUAACAGGUGCGUGUAUCAUCCGCGAUAAGUGUUCGUGCGUGCUCGGCGAGUGCGCGAGAAAGUGCGGAUACACACUUUAUUCGUAUUACACGGCGAUUCUCGAUUUUCCACGGCGAUUGAAACAGUGCCGAUUUCCGGCCGGGCAAAUAUUUGUCGUGCGACGAAAUCGAGUAGUUUAACUGCGGCUCGGCGGCGUCUCGUCGCGAUUCCGAGCUCGCCCGACGUGGAAACGAAAAAAAGAGACUCUCACGCCAUAUUGACACACGCGCGAUAUCAAACACGGAGCUCGGCUACAAAAGGCCCGGGGACACACGUCAAUGCGCCGGGACGCAUAAAUCGCGCGGGCUCAAGCGGGCUGUACAUGCAAUUAAGAAGAAGUAAAUCGGAGGACCGUAAUUAACGUAGUAGCUAAAGUACGAAGACGCGCAUACUCGGCAGUAAUUAAUUACUUUCAACGUGAGUUUAGAAAAGUCCCCGUCGGAUCCUCCGGGGAGUCAUUAAGUGGACUUGAAGAGCGGCGCGUAACUCAUGAAUAGAAGCGUAUAGCGAGUAAAUUUCUAGGAUAGUCCUAAUUACUGGGGCGAGGAAGUUAUAUGAGCGCAGCUCGGCGCAGCUGCGAAGAAUCGUUUCGCGUUUGCACGGUCCUUAAAAUCGCGGAGAUAUACGAGCGAAGGAGACACAUCGACGUUCGAAGGUGCUCGGAAUCCACGUAACAAAGUGACGAAGAGACGAAGGAGGGGCAGGGAGCGAGCCUCAUUUUCGCGUUCGACUGUUCCGAGCGAAUCAGAACGCGGGCGGUGCCAUGUGUGCUUCGUAUUAACAGACUUCAUAUAACUGUGCUUCAUAUAAACAGACAGCGAUCAAGUCAAGCCCGCGCCUUACAGAUUCAUACGUGGCGAAUCGAACGUUCGCGAAGUCCACGCUUCUCGCAGUCUUCGUGUUUCCGUAUUUCGUCCGCGAACAAAGUGUCGUACAGAGAGUGAAAGCUCUACGGGGAGAGAACUCUACGCGUUGUGUGUGUCGUCUUGUUAUUUCUCGUGAUUAUUUCGCGACGAAGAGAAGUAUUCGAUUGUGAACGCGAAGCUGCCGAUUACGUUCGCAUCGUAGUGUCAUUGUCGACAAAACAAUAAUCAGAGAACGAAGGACGAUUAUUACCGCGAGGUAUGACGGACCUUAACGAAACUGAUAUGAUGUGAUGUAUCACGAGAACGGACGAGUGGCGUUCACGAUAGGCCACGAAAGAAAUGACGGUGACGUGUACGUACGCGGAUGUUGCGUUGUGCCGGGAUGCUGCAGUGAGUAACUAUCUAUAAAAGCGACGAGAGUGCGGCAACGGGAUCAUUUUCGUCGUCGUCGUCGUCGUCGUCGUCGUCGUCGUCGUCGUCAGCGGAAGGGUGAAAACAGAGCCGCCCGACACCGCUCACAGAGACACCAGCAUGAAGGAUCAUCGAGGAGGAUGGUUGCGCGCCAUGCUGCCCCUGAUAACGUUCCUCUCCCAUCAGACGGAAUGCGCGGCCAAGAACGGAAGAUCGGUGGUGGAGCACCAUCCUCCGUCUUCUUAUUGGGAGCAACCCUUUAGUCAGCCUUACUUCGACAACACGACAAAGAGGGAUACCACAACCACCGUCGGGCAAUCCGCUUACCUGCACUGCAGGGUGCGCAAUCUUGGCGAUCGCGCGGUCUCGUGGAUCAGGCAGCGGGAUUUGCAUAUCCUCACUGUUGGCAUCCUAACGUACACCAACGACCAGCGUUUCCAAUCGCUGCACAGCGAUGGCAGCGACGAGUGGACCCUGAAGAUCAGCUCGCCGCAAGUGCGGGACAGCGGGAUCUACGAAUGUCAAGUCUCGACGGAGCCCAAGAUCAGUCAGGCGUUCAACCUGAGUGUAGUGGUCUCGAAGGCAAAGAUCAACGGCAAUUCGGAGCUCUACAUCAAAAGCGGGAGCGACAUCAAUCUGACCUGCAUCGUACUGCAAACGCCGGAGCCACCAUCCUUCAUCUAUUGGUACAAGGGCGACAACGUGAUAAACUACAGUCAACGAGGAGGCAUUAGCGUCGUGACGGAGAAGCAAACGCGAACGUCACGUCUUCUGAUCAGCAGAGCGCUGCCGGCCGAUUCCGGCAAUUACACCUGUGCGCCAUCCACAGCCGAGUCAGCCAGCGUCCUCGUCCACGUGCUCAAUGGGGAGCAUCCGGCGGCCAUGCAGCACGGGAACUCCAGCAACAGCGGCGCGGCCACGAGGACGCUGGCGUUGCUCCUGUUGCUCUUGCAUGCCGGCUCCUUCGCGAGGUGACUGGUCGAUCACGAGGAGCUGCAGUGAGAGAGUACGGCCGACGAUACUUUCAGCCAGGCGAUCCAGACGACGAGAGGGGUGGUGCGAAGGAGAGAUCAGGGGGAGACCGCGGAGCACCAUCCGCGUUAGCCACCUGCCGGACUCCAUAAAUCAGCCCGAUCUUCUUUUUUCCCCGCACUGUCGCGAUCGACUCGCGCCGUCGAGCGGAGGGGGUGUGCGCGAAGAGAGCAGGCGAAGGAACAGAGGGCGAGAUGCGACCAGAGAGUUGUCGCGUCGAGCUAGGCGCGCAAGGAGAGCACGAGAGAGAACCUAUUCUCGCCCUCGCCGGAGCUUCCGGAGCACGGAACUUUAGCGGUCCCGCGCAGUCCGGUUGCUUGACUCUUUACCAUCGAGCACAGCCGUCGCCGUGCCGCGCGUGUUCGUAGCCGCGCGUUUCCUCGCGAGGUCGAGGAACGCGCACGCGAGUGAACGCGAUCGAGCGAGUGACGGCACUCGCGGACGAUGACGAUGGAGACGGGCGAGACGCGUCAAGAGCAACAUGGUAGCGACUGUCAGCCCCGGGUACGAGGCGACGUGACACCAGGCGUCUUCCACGAGAACGAAUGACUUCUCUCUUUGCUCUUCUCUCUGCCUCUCUCUCUCUCUCUCUCUCACACACACACACACACACACACACACACACACACACACACACACACACACGUCGACGCGGCCGUGGGGACGGAAUUAGCAUUUCUUUUCCACGGACGCGAGCGCGUGCGGAGACGUAGAAGAGAUCUAUCAAUCCAUCUAUUCAUCUAUCGAGGAAACGCGGCAACUGUGGCUUUGAGCGUGGAGCUCGUGCUGAGGUAAGAACCAACUUGUUUUCGUGCGCUCGGUCGGGCCGGCCUGACCCAGAAUACUCCGGCAAAACCGCCGCGUGGAAUUCUACUCAAUUUCUAGUCGUCGGAUGCGGCGCCGCUUCUUCCGCGGAGAACAAAUAUUUUGAGGUUCGCAGCAGCGGCAGCCGCCUUCGCGCUCGCGCAAACUUGCCAGAAGUGUGUAUGUAGAGUAAGAGAGAGAGAGAGAGAGAGAGGGAGAGAGA